GAGAGCCCACCUGCUGCCAUGGGCCUCUACCGCAUCCGCGUGGCCACCGGGGCCUGGCCCUUCUCUGGGUCAUUCAACCGCGUGCAGCUGUGGUUGGUGGGGGAGCGCGGGGAGGCGGAGCUGGAGCUGCAGCUGCGGCCAGCGCGGGGCCAGGUGGAGGAGUUUGAGCAGGACGUUCCCCAGGACCUGGGGCCACUGCAGUUCGUGAAGUUGCGCUGGUUCUGGGACCGCAUCACCAUGCAGGGCCCGGGAGCCUGGGAGGAGGCCGCCUUCCCCUGCUACCGCUGGGUGCAGGGCGAGGGCCUGCUGACCCUGCCCGAGGGCACCGCCCGCCUGCCAGGAAAUAAUAGCUUGGAUGUGUUCCAGAAGCAUCGAGAAAAAGAUCUGGAGGAAAGACAGAAAAUCUACUGCUGGGCCACCUGGAAGGAAGGGUUACCCAUGACAAUUGCUGCAGACACUAUAGAUGAUCUGCCUUCAAAUAUGAGAUUCCAUGAGCACAAGAGGAUGAACUAUGAAUGGACAGUGAUUAUAGGGUAAGGAAAUGGUCAGAGUGGAGAUUUGGAGAUGGUCCUCAAAUAUGUUUACACUGUGCCAAGCCCCUGGAAAUGUCUGGAAGAUAUUGAUUAGAUUUUCUGGGGACAAAAGACUGCCAUGGCUGAGAAGGUUCACCAGCGCUGGCAGCAUGAUGAGCUUUUUGGCUACCAGUUCCUCAAUGGCGCCAACCCCAUGCUGCUGAGACGCUCCACCUCUCUGCCCUCCCGGCUGGUGCUACCCUCAGGAAUGGAGGAGCUUCAGGCCCAGCUGGAGAAAGAACUCCAGAAUGGUUCCCUGUUUGAGGCUGACUUCAUCCUGCUGGAUGGAAUUUUAGGCAAUGUGAUCCAAGGAGAGAAGCAGUACCUGGCUGUCCCCCUUGUCAUGCUGAAGAUGGAACCCAGUGGGAAGCUGCUGCCCAUGGUCAUCCAGAUCCAGCCUCCCAGCCCCAGCUGCCCCACCCCACCACUGUUCCUGCCCUCAGAUCCUCCCCUUGCCUGGCUCCUGGUAAAGAUGUGGGUCCGAAGUUCAGAUUCCCAACUGCAUGAGCUCCAGUAUCACUUGCUGAGCACUCAUCUGCUGGGUGAGGUCAUCGCUGUGGCCACCAUGAGGUGCCUCCCAGGACUGCACCCUGUCUUCAAGCUCCUGAUCCCACACACCCGCUACACCCUGGACAUCAACACCAGGGCACGGAACCAACUCGUCUCAGAAGGAGGCUUAUUUGAUAAGGCUAUGAGCACAGGCAGAGGGGGCCAUGUGCAGUUGAUGCAUCAGGCCAUGGCUAAGUUGACCUACCGCUCCCUCUGUCCUCCUGACGAUCUGGCUGACCGGGGCCUGCUGGGAAUCCCAAGUGCUCUCUAUGCCCAUGAUGCUUUACGGCUCUGGGACAUCAUUGCUCGGUACGUGGAGGGGAUCGUCCACCUCUUCUACCACAGGGAUGACAUCGUGAGAGGGGACCCUGAGCUGCAGGCCUGGUGUCGGGAGAUCACUGAGCUGGGGCUGUGCCAGGCCCAGGACUGAGGUUUCCCUGUCUCCUUCCAGUCUCGGAAUCAACUCUGCCAUUUCCUUACCAUGUGUGUGUUCACGUGCAGUGCCCAGCAUGGGGCCAUCAACAAGGGCCAGCUGGACUGGUAUGCCUGGGUCCCCAAUGCCCCAUGCACAAUGCGAAUGCCCCCACCCACCACCAAGGAAGAUGUGACAAUGGCCACAGUGAUGGGCUCACUCCCUGAUGUCCAACAGGCCUGUUUUCAAAUGACCAUCACAUGGCAUCUGGGUCGACGCCAGCCAGACAUGGUUCCUCUGGGGCAUCACAAAGAAAAGUAUUUCUCAGGCUCCAAGACCAAAGCUGUACUGGACCAAUUCCAAGCAGACCUGGAAAACUGGGAAAAGGAAAUGACAGCCCGGAAUGAGCAGCUUGACCUUGCCUACGAAUACUUAAAGCCCAGCAACAUAGAGAACAGUAUGGCACCCCCACCUGGAGACCUUCAGCUCUCCCAAAUAAAUUCUCUACUUCAGUAUCCCACAGCAAAAAUCAGCCAAUAUCUGCCCUAG